UAUGAAUCUUCAAAAGGUACAGUGUGUGUAUUAAUUUGGGAGAUAAUAAUGAGUUGAAUCACAAGAAUACACACAGAUCGCUAUAUUAUAAUAUACUGGUUGAUGUUGAUGAUGACCCCUCUUCAUCCGUCAGAUAUAUCAGAGAUGGAUAAAGCAGCGAUUAGGGAUAAUCCACCCGACUGUCAACCCGCGGAUGUUGGUGAUAGCUGUGGCAAUAUGCAGUGUGUGCCUUGUGGGUCUCUAUCUCCUGGUCGUGUCACGUAAAUGGACACCUGACGACGUCCGGCUCAGCUACACGAUAACCCACUGGGAAGGAUUUGGAGAAAAGAGAGGAGCAUACAACUUCACCGUGGUAACGGGGAUGCUUGAUAUUGGUAGAGGAUCAUGGUCAAAGCAGAGUCGCAGUUACAACAAGUACCUGAUAUACAUGUCCCAGGUCCUGAGGCUGGAUGUCAACAUGGUGGUCUACAUCGAGGAGAAGGGGCGGCCAUUUGUAGAAUGGAUGAGAAGAGGACGAGGAGGGUUCACCAAGAUCCGCCCAAUCCAACUGUCGCAGUUCCCGUACUACAAGUACAAGUCCAAAAUGCAGCAGAUUAUGGACAGCGAGGAGUACCAACAAGGAAAUGAGCUGCUGGCCCAGGGAGACCAUGUUGAGGCCACCAACCCUGAUUACGAUAUUUUGCAACUGUCCAAAAUACAUCUUGUAAAUGAAGCCGUCAGAUUGAACCCUUUCAACAGUACUUACUUUUUUUGGAUGGACGGUGGGUAUGGACAUGGUGGAGAGGGCAUCUUUCCGCCAGACGCCAUCUGGAAGCCCGACCGACUGACUCGGGUUCCCAACAAACUGUCUUUCUUAGUCCGGGGUGACAUUGAAAACUGGGCCAAGGUCAAGGACCUUCAUAAGAAGAAUGUUAACAUCCUGGUGGGUGGAGUGUUCGGAGGUGGCAUUAAGGUGUUGUCCCAGUACCAUGCUCUCCACUCCAGGUUGAUGAGGGAGUGGAUGGCCAGAAACAUCGUUGACGAUGACCAGACGGCCAAUAUGCAACUGUACUUCAGACACAGGUCGAUGUUCAACCUGGUCAGGGCAGACUGGUUUGACAUCUUCAAGGUUACAGUGAAUGAAUGACAUUGUAAGGUAUUAUUGGGUGGAGUUUAGCUCAAUGAUGGUUUCUCAUCCGAGGAUCUGUGUGAGUGAGUGGGUGAAUUUGGUUUAAUGCCAAUGUGAGCAGUAUUUUAGUGAUAUCAUGGCUUGAUGUUUGAGGAAAGCCUGAAGUGAUACAGGUUAGAUACCGCUGUGAAGAGGAUUUUCGUUUCUUUAUUCAGCAGAAGCAACCCUGACCUUUUCACUCUCACAUCAGAAACAUGCUCAGUACUUUUUAAAUGUCUUGGCUUGCUAUGAUUUUGAAACAAAUGGUGAGUAUGGUAUUGAUAUAAAACAAAAUCUUAUGUUGUAUCUCUGUUGAAAACCGGGGGCACGGGUGGCCCAGUCGUCUAAGGCGCCGCGAUUUGCUGUGCAGAGUUGUGUCCCUUGGGCACACCAGAAACCUAUGAUUGUGGGUUCGAAUCCCGGUUCGCCCCGA